AUGCUGAUCUUUGUUGCUUGUUGUAUCUACCCCAGCAAAGCGUGCAAAUUCAGAUAUCGAGAGAAGGUUCGUGCAAUGUUCUACCACGCAUACAACGGAUACUUGAAUCAUGCCUAUCCAUUGGAUGAGCUCAGACCAAUUUCAUGUACAGGGCAUGACACGUGGGGAUCAUUUUCACUUUCACUAGUUGAUGCUUUGGACACUCUUAUUGUUAUGGGUAAUUCUACUGAAUUCAGACGAGCUGUGGAUCUCGUAUUGAAAAGCGUCAGCACACAUGCAAAUGUUAAUGUUUCCGUUUUUGAAACAAACAUACGAAUCGUUGGAGGCCUAGUGUCCGCUCACAUGCUUAGCGGUCGCGUUGAAGGUAUGAUACUGGAAGACGGAUGGCCAUGUUCUGGGCCGCUGUUACGGUUGGCGGAAGCUAUGGCGGCUCGACUACUGCCAGCUUUUAACACAGAAACAGGAAUGCCGUAUGGAACAGUCAAUUUGAAGUAUGGUGUACCUAAAACUGAAACACCCAUCACAUGCACAGCAGGUGUUGGGACAUUUAUAGUCGGUGAGUUGUUAAGUCUGCGUCAUGAGGUGUGA